AUGGAUAUAAAACGCCAGCCGAGUGACAAUUCGACGACGACACCUCCCUCAGACGUACUGGGCAGCACCCAACUCGCACCUUCGAGCGCACCCACUCGCAAGCAAAAUGUUGCAUGUGACGCAUGCAGGGCCCGCAAGGUCAAGUGUCUCCAAGUCCCAGGACAGUCAAAGUGCCAGGGCAGCGGUCUAACGAUUCUCGUGGUUGAAACACUUGUAGCACUGUAUCUUGAAGGGGUCAGAGUGCCUCAAAUCACCAGCGAAAAGCGCAGGGCUGUCGGUUCUCGACGUUCGAAAGUGUCCCCACAGGACGCACUCCCCAAACUCCAAAGUGGUUACACACCCCUCGGGACGGCCACUCGCAGGCAAUCCCAUUCUCAGCCCGACUCUAAAUCACACUAUACGCCGGAUCAAGCGCUCUUUGGCACGACACGCACGCGUACGAACCAGACCCUGCAGCUCAUUGAUUGGCUCUUCUCUCCGCCGGAUGAUGGCGUGGCGGUCCCGCCGUUCGUGGGAGGUGCAGACUCGGUUGGGUACCGCAGUUUCAUGAUACGCUCUAGAAUCGCAGUCGCCCGACCUACGGAUGCCGAUUGGACAGACUUGAAACAGCAUCUGCAACCAGAUGACUUUCGGACUGAGUUCGCAAACGACCUCGUAGAAGUCUACUUUCAGAUAUGCCACAGCCGCAUGCCCUUGCUAGAUCCGGCAGAAUUUCGGACCCGAUUGAAGGCUUACCUCUAUCCGGAGACCGCGUUAGACCCAACGAUUCUGCCCUUGCCUGCCGCCCUCCUCGCGACCGUGAUAGCAUGGGGUUCCCGCUUCUCCGAGCACCCUCUGCUCGUGAUGGAUCGCUCUGUCAACUCUGGAAGAAGCAGGAUAUGUCGCAUUCUCACUAAGCGCGCGCGGGAAGCUGCCGAAGGCGAGAAAAUUCAUCGACUACCAUCAGUUGACAACGCGAUCAGUGCGCUCCUUUUGGAGCCGCUCCAGAGCCACAAUCCUUCUGAUCCCGAUGGAUUUAGGGGCUUCUGGCUCAAUUGUGGCAUUCGGCACCUGUUCGAGCUCGGGAUGAAUCGCAAGGCGCGGUUAAUCGAAUUAGAUGAACAGACUCGAGGAAGGAUGACAUACGCUUGGUUUCAAGCUUGUAUCGCAGAUGCCUAUGCGUCGGUAUAUUGGAGAAAAAAACCUGUCAUAGAGGACGAUGACUAUGACUUUAGUUUCAUGGGUGACCCAGGGUUUCUGCCACAUGAUAGUCAGCUUGCAUCGCCAGAGAGCAUGCAAAGUUGGAUAUCCUCUCUCCAUAUGGCAGACAUAGCUCGGCAUCUUGCACGCAAUCUCUCCCGCCCAGACGUCACCACGAGCGGGAUACCCCUACGCGUUCUAGAGACUGCCAUGAAGUCGCUCAGAGAAUGGAAGGAAAAGUAUCUUAACAUUGUUGGCGUCCCCAAUAAUUUUCAAGCGGACUGGGAUUUCGUCGCCGCCGUCUCUGCCUGCACUUGUGAUGCCCAAUAUCAUGUCAUGUGGGUCAUCUUGCACUCUGCACUCGAAGAAUUCCAAGUUCGAGAAGCCAAGGAAGGCCAACUAUCGUACGAGGUUAUGCGAGACUUGGAAAGGCAGGUAUUUGAGGAGGCAUUACAAGGCGCUCUCCGUAUUGCCGGUCUGACAAGCGUGUUGACCUCGAAUGGUUAUCUACGACUCGAUCCCAAUAUCCUCCACUUCAGUACCUACGCAGCAGGGAUGUUCCUCGCACGAAAUGGCAAACCCGAAGUCAAAACCUGCAUUAAAGGCCUCGAGCAAUACUCUUUUGCGUACGAAGAGGCUUUUGAGCAGGCAAAAUGGAUGCAACAGGUCUAUUCUAGUGUAAUCCAUCACCAACAACUUCCCAUUCAGCAGACUCUUCACUCUCCCGCUUCGUCUAUUGGAAGUUCUAAUGGUCAUCACUACGCAAUGGACACAGCGCAGGAUCCACUGGGCGUGUUCGUAAACGGCGCCAAGAAUGAGCGGAGUACCUUUGCUCCUGAUACUCCGUAUGCAGAUUCGUCCAUCUUGACACCAGGAGCAGAGCCAACGGCUGCAGACUCCAGCUUUUUAUCUAUUGGGUUCGCUAAGUAA